CGAUGAAGAUGAUGUGUCAGUGUCGCGCACGGAAAGAAAGAAACCAGAAAACUUGGAAGUGUUGUACAUUUUCAUAGCAAUCUAAUUUUGCCGUGGUUUCCGUCGCCUCUUUCCCGUUUGCGAGAAAAUAGCGGACGUAAAAGUGAAUUCCGACUUGUGAUACGUAUUUCGCUGCAGAUUGCGAUACCCAAGCGCUGGUAACGGUGUGGCCGCCGAGUGAAUCCGAUUCGUCAGCGACUUCGUGAUUCGUGUUAAUUGUGUGUGCUGGAAAGAAAAUCGGUACUGCAAAUCGGUCGAAGCUGCAACCCGUGUGCCCCGUACUGUUAACACUACCCAGGAGCUGAGUGAAGGAAACCAAUUUUCCCCCCAGUACGACCAUGAGUCCCGAAUACGACUACUUGUUUAAGCUGCUGCUGAUCGGUGAUUCCGGCGUUGGAAAGUCAUGCCUACUGCUAAGAUUUGCUGACGAUACAUACACGGAAAGUUACAUCAGCACAAUUGGUGUAGAUUUUAAAAUUCGAACCAUAGAUCUGGAUGGAAAAACAAUCAAAUUGCAAAUUUGGGAUACUGCCGGACAGGAACGGUUCCGCACGAUAACGUCGUCCUACUAUCGCGGGGCACAUGGUAUCAUCGUGGUGUACGAUUGUACCGAUCACGAUUCGUUCGAGAACGUGAAGCAAUGGCUGGAGGAAAUCGAGCGCUACGCUUGCGACAAUGUAAACAAACUGCUAGUGGGCAACAAGUGUGAUCUGCAGACGAAGAAACGCGUCGAUACUACCACGGCAAUGGAAUUGGCGAAUCAAUUGGGCAUUCCAUUCCUUGAGACGUCGGCGAAAAACGCAACCAACGUAGAGCAGGCAUUCAUGACCAUGGCGGCCGAAAUCAAGAAUCGCGUAGGACCCCCGUCCAGUGCUGCAGAUCCGCCAAGUGCUGUGAAGAUCGACAAGGGGCGCAACGUGGAGGCAAAGUCGGGCUGUUGCUGAACACCAGAUUGUUUCUGGGUCAGCAGUUAUUAUUAUGAUUAUCAUCCUCUCAAUCGAUCGACCACCACGCUCCUUCCCCUUUGCGCUAUGAGCCGCGGCCGCGGCGGUAGCAGUAGUAGAACAGCAACAGCAGCAGCAUGAAGAAAACAAAACAUUAACUGACAGACAGAUAGACAGACAGGAUCUAGGGAACAGGAAAAGGAACGGAUAAGCAGCAAAAGUUUAAAAAAGACACCUUGAUGAACCCCACAAACACCAAUCCUUCCCUCUCCAAACGAACCGUUCCAUGUCAAGAACAUUCGGCAAGGGGCAAGAAAGGAGGAUUAACAGAACGGGACUGGUGUUUGGUUUUGUCGUCUCUAUGCGCAUCGUAAUAUGUUUUCUUUUGCGAUCUUUCUUCACGUGUCUGCAGUAUCACACACGAAAACACACACACACACACAUACAUCUUGCUGGAUAGAUUACUACUAUUCUAAUUAUUAUCUAUGUAUGAAUUAUCAAGAUUUUGUUGGAAUUUUCUUCCCUUCGCGGGAAGAUACAGUGUGAGUAAAACGGUCUCCUGUGUAGCAACACAAGAACGGGGAAAAAACAGCAAAGCAACCGUGUCUAGACGCGCAAUGUGCAAUGCCGCCUUUUUGUCUGCGUGGGUGGGUGCAAUGCGUGAAAAGAAAGUAGAAAUAUAAAUAUCAUAAGAUCGAAAGAGGUAAACAUAUGUGCUUGUGUGCAUUCUGCAUGGAUUCUUUUCUGUUUGUUUGUUUGUUUUGGACGCCUGUGGGGUAUCCUUGCCCCC